AUGAUGAACAUCUUCUCGCGCAAGAACAAGCUGGAGGACGAGCUGUUCAACAUGAAGUUCACGGCCAAGACGCUGCUGCGCAACGCCAAGAAGUGCGAGAAGAACCAGGUGGCGCAGAAGGCCAAGCUCAAGAAGGCCAUCGAGCAGGGCAACAUGGAGGGCGCCAAGAUCUACGCGCAGAACGUGAUCCGCGAGAAGAACCAGGCGCUGAGCUACCUGCAGCUGGCCUCGCGCAUGGACGCCGUGGCGGCGCGCGUGCAGACGGCCAUCAGCAUGGGGCAGCUCAAGGCCAACAUGAGCGGCGUGGUCAAGGGCAUGGACACGGUCAUGGAGUCCAUGAACGUGGAGAAGAUCUCGCAGACCAUGGACCAGUUCGAGAAGCACUUCGAGGACAUGGACGUGCGCUCCGCCUACAUGGAGGGCGCCAUGAGCAGCGGCACGUCGCUCUCGACGCCCGCCGACCAGGUGGACGACCUCAUUCAGAUGGUCGCGGACGAGAACGGCCUCAAAAUCGCCGGCCAGUUGGACUCGGCCGGGCUCGUGGGCACGGAGCUGCCCACGACGGAGGCCGCACGAGAGAAGAAGUCGCAGGACGACCUGACCAUGCGGCUCGCGGCGCUGAGGAAGUGA